UUCACAUUUAUGUGCACCAAAAUUAAUUUAAAAAAUACCCAAACAAACACUUGAUACUACACAAUCGCUGCUCAGUGUUCACUUAAAAUAUACAAACAACAAAUACUUCCCCCUUUUUCAGACAUGGAUUUUCUCUCUUGCUACUCCGACCCACUUCCUUUUGGCGGCUUCGAUUCUCCAGUGUCGGAUAGUUGCAGUGCUCCAGCUCGUACAAAUUUUUCCGAUGAAGAAUUGAUGUUAGCUUCCAGCUAUCCAAAGAAACGGGCUGGCAGAAAGAAAUUCCGGGAGACUCGCCAUCCCGUUUACCGAGGAGUUCGUAGGAGAAACUCCGGGAAGUGGGUUUGUGAAGUUAGAGAACCUAAUAAGAAAUCAAGAAUAUGGUUAGGAACUUUUCCCACGGCGGAAAUGGCAGCACGGGCUCACGACGUGGCGGCGCUGGCACUUAGAGGUAGGUCUGCGUGUUUGAAUUUUGCAGACUCGUCAUGGCGGUUGCCAGUACCAGCUUCGAGUGAUCCAAAGGACAUUCAGAAGGCGGCGGCAGAGGCUGCAAGAGCAUUCCGGCCAGUAGAGGCGGAUGGACUUUUAGGGGAUGAAUUUAGACAGGAAAACAAGAGGGCGACAGAAACAGCCGAGGCGGAGGGCAUGUUUUAUAUGGAUGAGGAGGCAGUUUUCGGAAUGCCAGGACUGCUUGCAAAUAUGGCAGAGGGAAUGUUGUUGCCUCCACCUCAGUGCGUUGCAGAGAAUGGAGACGACAUAGAAGCAGAUUCAGCUGAUGUGCCAUUAUGGAGUUUUUCCAUAUAAAGGAGUGAAGUAGGGUGGACUAAAUUGGAGAGUUUAGUAGUUGACUGCUCCGUACUUAAUAUUUUUGACUAGUACGGUUAGAAAUUUGCAUAGUGGCUAUAUCACUAUAUUUAGUAACUAGCUAAGGUUUCAUGAAAAGACAGAGGGAAAGCUGUCUUUUAAGUUACUAGUUCAUUCACAUAUCAAGAAACAGAAAAAUAAUUAACACUUCGCAAGCCUGGCCCAAAUGUCUUCAAGCUUCACUCUUGGGUCUAGGCCACUCAUUUGGAUCAACCUCAGCGAACCAAGCCUGGAGUUAAGUGCUUGGGAGAUUCCCCUCCCCUCACUUUUUUUUUUUUUUUUUUU